AUGGGAAUAAUUCGCAAGACCUUGCUCGUCGGCACCCUGACGGCGGCCACUGCGGUGGGCUACCUGAACUCCAGCACCGUCGUUGUCCAGCCACUGCCGCCACGCGACCCUUUGUUCUCGAGCAAGUUGUGGAAGCGCAGCAACCCCAACAAGAACCAGGCAACCCAGGACAUCUGCCUCAAGCACAUCCCCCUCGACGACAUCCGACCCGAGCUCCUCGAGCGCGAGGGCGACCUCGUCCUCGAGUUCUGCCGUGGCGUCUGGUCCAGCCUCGGCUACGAGGUGCAGCGCCGCUAUCUGGAGCGCAAGUACUCCAACGAGUCGACGGCCACGGACCUGUGGUCGCGCGAGCAGCUGGCCGAGUCCGACUACGAACCCGGCACGGUCAUCACGGACCACUUCGAGGUGGUGGAGAGGACGCCGACGUCCAUCACGGUGCGCUGCGGCGACUCGCCCCGCAACUCGGGCCCGCGCGAGUCGGACGGCCUCUUCACCUUCUCGGCCCGCAUCGACCACGACAGGGGCCUGGCCGAGCUCGGCCUGAGGAGCGCCUUCUUCAACAGCGCGCGCAGGCUCGAGGGCCCAGACACCGGGCCGGGCAUGGGGCGCUUCAUGUUCGAGCUGCACAUGCUGUACUCGAGGCUGUGGAUGGCCGCUGGCCACAGGAGGGUGCUGAGGUGA